GGUCCCGGGCAGUUGCAAACUUUGCCCAGAUACAUGGUCUAAUAGCAUAGUUAAAGCAGUGAUUUGUGCGCUGCAGAAGGGGAAUUGCACAAACACUAUCUGGCAACCACAGGCGGCUCUGACGCUCCACUGGAAGUGCAUCUGGAAGUUGUCGCCAUCAUAUCUAGCUAAAUGUUAACAUAGCUAGGUCUCAAGUCAGUCAGCUGUUGUGUUCGACGAUACAACGUUAAUGACAUCAUUAACCUCUCUUUGUUUCUUCUGUCGGAUUUCUGUGAAGAGCUGUGAUGUUAUUAAUCGUUAAACGCGUCUAGGGCUGUUGUAAAGACAGUCUAAACUCACAUUAGCGGUGGCUAGUUAUCAGAGCACACAUUAGCAGAGCUGGAGUCUUGAGAAGCAGCGAGGGGCGGUGGGCUGCUAAAAACUGUCGCUAGCUAGCAGCGAACCGGCUAGUUAGCUGCUAGCAAAUAAAACGUCUAGAGACAUUUUACGUUAAAGUGAAUAAAGGCUGUGAAUGUUAUUACACGCUCGCCGGUUGUUACAGUCGUAUCGCAGCCAAGGAGCUAGCAGCGCCACAAAGUUAGCUGCAAGUGCUGAGGAACCAAGACUUCCAGCUAACAAGCUAACUCAAUAACAAACUGGGAUUGGUCUGCGGCUGUGGAAGUCAGUUAAACUGGAGCUGGCAUCGUCACAUUUCUUUUCUUUAACACCAGGCUUUUGGGCCUGACAACUGAGAAGAUGUCUGAGGGAGAGAACAAGCAGGCCCCUGACACAGUCCAGGACGUGAAGCCGGACUCCAUGGCAGCCACAGGCCAGGGAGUGUCAUCCGUGUCCCCUCCUGUGUCCAUGGUGAGCCAGCCUCCAGCUACUGCUGCCACAGAGGAUGAGGAAGAGGAGAGCGAGGAUGAGUCAGAGAUUUUGGAGGAAAGCCCGUGUGGACGCUGGCAGAAACGCAGAGAAGAGGUGAAUCAGCGCAAUGUCCCUGGAAUCGAUAAUGCUUACUUGGCCAUGGACACUGAGGAAGGAGUUGAGGUGGUGUGGAAUGAGGUCAUGUUCUCAGAAAGGAAGAAUUUUAAACUACAGGAGGAAAAAGUCAAAGCAGUUUUUGACAAUUUGAUCCAGCUGGAGCAUUUGAACAUCGUGAAGUUCCACAAGUACUGGGCGGACGUCAAAGAGAACAGAGCGAGAGUCAUUUUCAUCACUGAAUACAUGUCCUCAGGAAGCCUCAAACAGUUUUUGAAAAAGACAAAGAAAAACCACAAAACCAUGAAUGAAAAGGCCUGGAAGCGGUGGUGCACACAAAUACUGUCUGCUCUCAGCUACUUGCACUCCUGUGAACCUCCCAUCAUCCAUGGCAACCUGACCUGCGACACCAUCUUCAUCCAGCACAAUGGCCUCAUCAAGAUUGGCUCAGUUGCUCCAGACACAAUCAAUAACCAUGUGAAAACCUGUCGAGAAGAGCAGAAGAGCCUUCACUUUUUUGCUCCAGAAUAUGGAGCUGUCGCCGAUGUUACCACAGCCGUGGAUAUCUAUUCCUUCGGAAUGUGCGCCUUAGAGAUGGCUGUGUUGGAAAUCCAGAGUAAUGGAGAUUCGUCUUAUGUGUCCCAAGAAGCCAUAAACAGUGCCAUUCAGUCCCUAGAGGACCCAUUGCAACGGGAAUUUAUCCAGAAGUGUCUGGAGGUGGAUCCCAGUAAGCGUCCCACAGCGAAGGAGCUGUUGUUUCACCAGGCCUUGUUCGAGGUGCCCUUACUCAAGCUGCUGGCUGCACACUGCAUCGUCAGCCACCAGCAUAUGAUUCCAGAAAAUGCUUUAGAAGAGAUGACAAAGAACAUGGACCCUAACUUGGUGAUUGUUGAGGCCAAGGAUGGAGUUCAGAUGAAGCUGUCUCAGUUUCCUGCUCUUGAACUGGACAAGUUCCUGGAAGAUGUAAGGAAUGGGAUCUAUCCUCUGACUGCGUUUGGGAUACCGUGUCCACAACAGCCUCAGCAGGAGGCGGUGAAGUCGCCCAUAGUGCCCCCCUCAGUGAAAACCCCAACUCCUGAACCUGCUGAGCUUGAGACCAGGAAGAUGAGAACGUGCAGGAGCUGGCUGUGGAGCUUGUUCAGCUGGGAUUCAUCAGUGAGGGCGAUCAGCCACGACUUGCAUCCGUUCUUGAAGAGGCCUUCUCAAAGUUCUACAGCCGGAAUGGUUCUCUUAAUCCGGUGACUGUUUCCUCGUAGCGGAGCACUCACUAGGCCUUCUUUCAGCCCUCCUCGUCCUCUACAACAGGACUAGCUUUUUGCUCCACCUCUGAGUUGCAGGAAAGCUUUGCGAGGAUGGAGGAGGAAGCCUUGGUCUGACUGCAGAUUCUGCAGCCUGUCCUUGCAUCUUCUGGUGGGAAAAGCUGCCACUAAGUGGUUGUUGCUUUUUAUGUUUUGUUUGUUUGUUUUUUCUCCCACCCAAUACAGCCAUCUGCUUCUCUUUUUAAAAGAGGAAAAUCCUAGUCGCAACUUACAGGAAAAUACAAAUGUUUUCUCUUUUUGGCUAAUUUCUUUUGAGUUCUAAAGUAGAAAAGAAAUGGUAGAAGUAAGCCAAAUAAAACUGGAGAACAACAGUAUUUUCCUUAAGUCAGUAUUAAAACUGUAUUUUAAACAUUUUUACUUAAAACUGUUAAAUAGUUGUCUGUAUGAAAAAACCCUUGUCUCAGCAUACUGAUGUGUAUGUAUUAUGGUGUUGUGAAGUUAAGUCUGGUUGUGUGGUCAUUUUAAAACUUUCUCUUGAGCAGCGAGUGAGACAUCUUCCUACCUUGUAUUGUUUUUUCGAAGACUCAAAUGCAUCAGGCUAGUAACGCAACAGAUGCAACGUCACUUUUACUUCAAAGGUUAUGUUAUUAAUCAACAGUCAUGAAAUAUACAGCUACAACACAAUCUGAAGAGCUACAGCGAAGAAAAUAUGAAAAAAUUAAUUAUUUAUUUGUGUAUCUGUUUGAGUAUGUACUGUGAUUCACUUCCAGCACUAAGGCCGGUGGUUGUUUGAAUGUAUGCUUUUAGUUGCUCUCUUUCUUUAAGUCAUGCUGUUAUUUUCUAUGAAAAGGGGGUGUCAUCACUUGACUGGUCCAACUACUACUGUAGCUUUGGUUUUACAAGCAGCCCAUUGCAGCACUUAUUGUUCCUGGCCAGGUCAAUGAAAAGUUGUCUUUAGGUGGCAUUUUACACAGGAGGUUGAAAGGUGUAAGUGAAGCAUGUCAUCUGAAGGGUGUUCAUUACCAGCUUUGGUGAAUGCAUGAAUGCUUUUCUGUCUUAAAUGGAAAGUGAUGCAUGCAGGAAGUUUGUUUCUGGAGUUUGAUCAUUUGAAAGAAGAUUGUGAUAGAAUCAAGUAAUCUAACUCAGACCUGUCAACAUUUCAGUAAAGUGGCUCUGAAUCCCAUAGCUAUAACUUGUAAUCACCUCGUACAUAUUAAUUUUGGCUCAGACCACCUUUACAUGUUAACUGUUUGGGGAUCUCUCUGCUAGUUUGCACUGCUGUACACUUUUACAUGCUGUUUGAAAUGUCCUAUGGCUCUUUAACACCAAAAGGUGUAACUUCAAUGAAUUGGAAAUUGCGUAAUUAAAAAUGUAGUUUGUACUCCAACCUCGUCUACUCUAUACUGUCUGUAGAUACUGCGAGAAGUGUGGGACUGCCUGGCAUGCUUGUAACCAUCUUCUACACUGUAUGCUGAACGCUGCUCUGUUUCUGCAAUACAUUUACCCCUCCCCCUUUUUUUCACUUCCUGAAAUAAAAAAUUACACUAUCA